AUGUCUACUAUUACUAAAAUUGAAAACCAUGAAAAUGCUUCAAAAGAAAUAAUGGCGAAUCAAGAUUUUGCCGAAGAAAAUAUUUCAGACGAUAAAAAUGAUAAUGAAGUAACCGCAGCAACAGGGGGAGGAGCAACAGCGUCGGAAAAAUCAAAAAUAGAAAAGAUAUUGCCGCGUGAUGAAUGGAGAAAACUUAAAAAGAAACUACAAAAGAAAGAUCAAAGAAUAAAAUUAGCAAUAGCAAGAAAAAACAAGGAAUUAGAAGAAGCCGAUUCAGAAAAUUGGGAAAAAACAGUUAAAAAUAUAAAAAUUGCAGAACCCACGCUUCUCAAUGCUACUAAUAAGAUUAUCACUACACCAACAUCAACUGUGGAUAAUAAUCCAUCUUUGAAUGACGAGGAUACAUCAAUGAAAUCAGAUUAUGGUACAGAAAAAGAUCAAAUAAAUUGUCCAUUCUACAUUAAAACUGGAGCUUGUAGAUAUGGAGAACAAUGUGGUAGGAUUCAUCCAUAUCCAGAAAUAAGUAAUACUAUUCUAAUUAAAAAUAUGUAUGAAGGGAUGCCAAUUCAGUUAGCAGACGAAGAUAAUGAUGAUAAUUUGGAGGUUUGUAAUAAUUUUCAAAUGCAUUUACGUGGCAAUGUGUAUAUUCAAUAUUCAAAUAAUGAAGAGGCAAAAAAAGCAUUAGAAUCUAUAAAUGGAAGAUGGUAUGCUGGUAAACAAUUAAGAUAUGAGUUUUGUCCUGUUACAAAAUGGAAACCUGCAAUAUGUGGUAUGUAA